CCAGCCCCACCGGCGCGGGGCGGGGGAGGGAGGAGCCAGCGCGGCCGCCGCCUCUGCCGGAGGAGCCGCGGGGCCGCCACACUCGCCCCCCGCCCCCCCGCGCUCACUCGCACUCACACCCGGGCGCAGGCGGCGGGCGGCCCGGGCCCCAGCGGCCCCCGAUGGACGGCGCCGGCACGGGGCGCUGAGACCCCCGCCUAGCUGCCCUGCCCGGCCCCGCGCGCCACGCCGAGGACCCUCUGGACAGGACCAGACUCUACAGCUUCUGCCCAGCCCAGGACCACCCCUCACCCAACCCGCCUCCCAGCCCUACCACUCCCUCCCUGGCCCCUCUCACCGCCCAACCCCCCCUUGGGGCACAGGGUACGGUGUGACAGGCCCAGUGCUGAGGCGGGGGCCAUGGGUGCUGUGCCCUAGGGCCUGGGUGGUAGGGGUUGGGCAGUCUGGGUGUGCCGGGGGGGCCCUGUGUGCCCACCCAUCUCUUGGCGUGCUGGAGGGCAUCGUGGAUGGAAUUGAAGUGAAUGGAACAGAAGCCAAGCAAGGUGGAGUGUGGGUCAGACCCAGAGGAGAACAGUGCCAGGUCACCAGAUGGAAAACGGAAAAGAAAAAACGGCCAAUGUUCCCUGAAAACCAGCAUGUCAGGGUAUAUCCCUAGUUACCUGGACAAAGACGAGCAGUGUGUCGUAUGUGGGGACAAGGCGACCGGUUAUCACUACCGCUGCAUCACCUGUGAGGGCUGCAAGGGUUUCUUCCGCCGCACAAUCCAGAAGAACCUCCAUCCUACCUACUCAUGCAAGUAUGAUAGUUGCUGUGUCAUCGACAAGAUCACCCGUAACCAGUGCCAGCUCUGCCGCUUCAAGAAGUGCAUCGCUGUGGGCAUGGCCAUGGACUUGGUUCUAGACGACUCGAAGCGGGUGGCCAAGCGGCGGCUGAUCGAGCAGAACCGGGAGCGGCGCCGCAAGGAGGAGAUGUUCCGCUCCCUGCAGCAGCGCCCCGAGCCCACGCCCGAGGAGUGGGACCUGAUCCACGUGGCCACCGAGGCCCACCGCAGCACAAACGCCCAGGGCAGCCACUGGAAGCAGAGGCGCAAGUUCCUGCCCGAUGACAUUGGCCAGUCACCCAUCGUCUCCAUGCCGGACGGAGACAAGGUGGACCUCGAGGCCUUCAGCGAGUUCACCAAGAUCAUCACCCCGGCCAUCACCCGCGUGGUGGACUUUGCCAAAAAACUGCCCAUGUUCUCCGAGCUGCCUUGCGAAGACCAGAUCAUCCUCCUGAAGGGGUGCUGCAUGGAGAUCAUGUCGCUGCGGGCGGCCGUCCGCUACGACCCCGAGAGCGACACCCUGACGCUCAGCGGGGAGAUGGCCGUCAAGCGGGAGCAGCUCAAGAAUGGCGGCCUGGGCGUGGUCUCCGACGCCAUCUUCGAACUGGGCAAGUCACUCUCUGCCUUUAACCUGGAUGACACGGAAGUGGCUCUGCUGCAGGCUGUGCUGCUAAUGUCAACAGACCGCUCGGGCCUGCUGUGCGUGGACAAGAUUGAGAAGAGUCAGGAGGCAUACCUGCUGGCGUUCGAGCACUACGUCAACCACCGCAAACACAACAUUCCGCACUUCUGGCCCAAGCUGCUGAUGAAGGAGAGAGAAGUGCAGAGUUCGAUUCUGUACAAGGGGGCAGCGGCGGAAGGCCGGCCGGGCGGGUCACUGGGCGUCCACCCGGAAGGACAGCAGCUUCUCGGAAUGCAUGUUGUUCAGGGUCCGCAGGUCCGGCAGCUUGAGCAGCAGCUUGGUGAAGCGGGAAGUCUCCAAGGGCCGGUUCUUCAGCACCAAGGCCCGAAGAGCCCGCAGCAGCGUCUCCUGGAGCUGCUCCACCGAUGCGGAGUUCUCCGUGCCCGAGCGGUCUGUGGGGAAGACGACAGCAAUGAGGCAGACACCACCAGCUCCUCCAGCGAGGAGGAGGAGGAGGAGGAGGAGGAGGCGGCGGAGGAAGAGGAGGAGGAGGUGGCAGCGGAGGAGGAGGCGCAGGAGCCCCAGGUCCGCGAGGAGCCGCUCCAGUUCUACCCCCAGGUCUACGCAGAGCCGCCCCAGGUCUACGCGGAGCCGCCCCAGGUCUUUGCGGAGCAGCCCCGGGUCCAUGCGGAGCCGCCUCGGGUCUACGCGGAGCAGCCCCAGGUCUACGCGGAGCAGCCCCAGGUCUACGAGGAACCGCUCAUGGUCUACGAGGAGGAGGCCACCGACGCCGAGGCUGCAGGCUGCGCGGCCUCUCCCUGAAGCCGAGGAGGGAAGGCCCCCGGGGGAGGCCGGGGAGGGGGAGCACCACCCCACUCCUCUCUGAGAUCUCUGCCCACACCCCCACACCACCCCCACCCCUAGCAGGAGAUGCCUGAAGGUUGGGAGCGGGGCUCAGCCGGGCUGAACACCUCCCUGAUCCCACAAGGCCACUUUCCUGCCUGCCACCGGCCAUCACGGCCCCCUUGCUUUCCGCUCUGUAGUUCCCGCUGCCUGGGUCACCUUUCCCCACCCCCUUUGACCAGUCUCUUCCUCUACCCGCCCCCGCCACCCCACCCCACCCCACUCCCCCCCUCCUCCCCCCACUCCCUAGCCACCUCCUCCUUCCCCAGCUCCCCCAGGCAGAAAUAGUUGUCUCUGCUUCCAAAGCCUUUGGUUCAUGCUUCUACUGUGACACUUAUCUCACUGUUUUAUAUUUAGUGGAGUAUGAGUCUGUCUCCCCAGCUAGACUGUCUGAAUCAUGUCUGUAUCCCCAGUGCCCAGUGCAGGGCCUGGCAUAGAGUAGGUCCUCCAUAAAAGGUGUGUUGAAUCCAA